AUGUCGCGAGCGCAGCUCCAAAGCGCGUACCCGAAACUGACGGAACUUUUUAGUAACAGUAGGAGUGAUGACAACGGGAAGUUGAAGCCGACGCUCGAACGUCUGGUGGCGUCGUUUUCGUUUCCGUUUUCGUCCUCUGAGGAGGCAAAGGAGUGCGCGAAGAGUGGUGGUGGUCGUUUUCUUCUCACAGCAGACGGAGCACUGCUCGUGAGCUCGGUGUGCUUUGGCGCGUGCGCGUUAGUUUUAAGCGUCUCGAUCCUGACCAGUCGGCCUUUAUUGGUCCGGAAAUCGGUGGUGAAUUCGGAAAAACGAGUCGUUUCGGUGGAUUACCAGAAAGCGGUGAGAGGCGAUUUUGCGUUUGGUCUAGGGUUAAUGUGGGUAUCCGCGGUUUUGUUCAUCUCUGGAAUGGCGUUUUCGACGACUGUAUCGUUCGUGACGGAAAGUUUACGCGAGGAGUUGUUGGCGUGCGUGUAUUCGUUCGCGGCCAACGCCGGAUUUUGUUUCUUGUGCGGGAAUAUCGCGCGGUUAGGGAUAAUAGACGAUCGAGAGGAGAGGACGAAUUUGGUCAUUUUAGGGACAGUGAUGACGACGUUGAUGUUAAUCAGUCAUUUAUUUCCGAAAAUUUCCGAAGGAAGUGGUAAAGCUGGGUGGUUUUGCGAGAUUUGGUCUUUCGCGUGGUGCGCGUUGGCGUUGGCGGCGAAUUUGGGAUUAAACUGCGCGGUGGAGUUUCGCGGUGGAUUCACAAGUUGGGACGCUUUUUAUGGAUUAACGUCCGGGAGUGGUGCUGGAUUGAUGUAUUUCGCGAUGGCAUCGCCGUUAUGGUUGGGGAAGUGUUUCGGUACGGCGUUGUUUUUGAUUGGUUUCGCGUGUCAUGUUUUAGGCGCCGCGACGAGGCACUGGGUCACUCGAUAUUCGACAACCGCAAAGGAGGAAGGCGAGGAAGAGGAUAAAUCCGUGGCGAUGGCGAAGAAAACCGAGUAA